AUGUCGACCACCGUCACAGACACCUUCCAGGCCUACGUCUACUACCGCUCCUCCUGCUCCGGCCGCCUCCGCAUCGCCCUAAACCUCAAAUCCAUAACCCCAACCUACAAAUACGUCAACCUCGUCGCCAAAGAACAGCGCAGCGAGGAAUACACCCUCAUCAACCCCUCCCACACCGUCCCCACCCUCAUCAUCACCCCCUCCUCCGGCGCCGCCCCCAUAAAACUCACCCAAUCCAUUCCCGCCCUCGAAUACCUCGAAGAAGCCUACCCCUCCCUCCGGCCCCUCCUCCCCAAAGACCUCGCCGCCCGCGCAACAGUCCGCACCCUGACCGCCAUCAUCGCCGCGGACGUGCAGCCCAUCACCAACCUCUCGAUCCUGAACCGCGUCGAGGCGAUUGGGGGGGACAAGGCGGUAUGGGCGCGCGAGAUCAUGGCGCAGGGCUUGCUGGCGUAUGAAGCGGUUGUAAAGGACACUGCGGGGACGUUCUCGGUGGGUGAUGAGCUGUCGAUGGCGGAUGUGUGUUUGGUGCCCGCGAUGUGGGGGGCGGAGAGGUUUGGGGUCGAUUUUGGGGAGAUGCCGACGGUGAAGAGGAUUUAUGAAAGGUUGGCGGCGAUGGAGGAGGUGAAGAGGGCGCAUUGGUCGAGGCAGGAGGAUACGCCUAAGGAGCUUAGGAGUGAGUGA